GUUUCUUCCAGCUUCUCUCCAAGUGUUUGUGGGGGCUCCUUUAGCUGAUUUUUUUCAAAAGAAGAUCGCACUAAUAAAUAUCCAAGAGGCCUAUCUGAAUGAAAUGGAGGCACAUUUGCAUGAUAAAGAUGAAUCAAUAGAAUUCAUGACCAUUAAAGCCAUGGUCCAGCAGCAGCCCUGCUACACUCCCUGGGCAGGAACCUUCCAAAGGGAGGCUGGAUUGGCAACAAUUUCCAAACGAAGGUUGGUGGUAUCACAAAGGACAGGGAACAAUCAUAUUAGAAUUCAAGGAGCCGACUCUCGGGUAAUUUUCGCUGGCGUCAUCAUCUACCCCCUCUCCCCAUACCUUCCCCUUCUCCCAUUUCUCCCCCUGUUCACCCAAAUGAGCUGUCAAGAGCUGAUGGGCAUCGUGGUAAUCAAAGAAAACAAGCUUGCCCUUUAAAGCAAAAGAGGCAAUUUGGCUGGAAGCAAAUUGGAAGCAUUCCCCGUGGCUCUGAGUUCCCAGCCUCCGUCUCCCAGGGAAUUCUGGGAGUUUUGAUCGAUUCCUGGAGAACUCCGAGGACAACAUGGAAAAAGUUACUGGAGAUUGUGAAACGCAAGGGAGCCUCAAGCCUGCCGCCUCAGUGCCAGGAUAUACAGAGGUAAAGGCAGCUGCCUCAGAGAUGGCCUUAAACCUCUUAAGCAUACCCCCAUCCUACCACGGACUGAUCAUCCAAAGAAUCCCUCUGAAGACAGGUCUCGUCCCAGCAGAGCCCUUGAAGACCUUAGCCCCAUCCAAAUCCAAACUCAACACCAUUGAGGCCAAGAGGAUCAUGUCGGUCCUGGACGAGGCCAUAAACAAGGUAGAGCUGAUAACCCUGAUGUCCUACCUGGAGUCCCACCCAGAGGCUCUAGAGGACGCGUUGCCGGAGAAUUUUGUAGAAGCCAUAAGAGAGCAUUUGGACAUUGGUCAGGCCCUGGUGGAGAAGGCCAGCAUCCUGCAGAGGAAGCAAAAAGAGCUGGAGAAAGGGGAAGAAGCAGAGGAAGACUGGGACCAGGAACGCCUACUGUCCAUCGAGUUGCACAAGACUAACCUGUGGCCACUGACACACCAGUUCCGAGACUCCACCAAGACCAUCCUGAGGCUCCUGAUCAAUGAGCCCCAGCUCACCAGGCUGCUGCACACGCAGGCACCAGGCAGAAGCCCAGGGGCCCAGUGCCUCCUCACCAGUCUGGUGGAGCUCCGGGGCUUCCUCUUUGAGAAGCUCCUCACCAGUCCCAUGGAAGUAAGGGAGAAGAACCAGUUCAUACAGGACAUUAGCCGGAGGAGCAAGAGGAACCAGGAGAUCAUCGAUGCCCUCCAGGCUGAGCUGGCCGAGGUGCUGAAGAACAAGGAGGCAGAGGUGGAGAAGGAGAACUUUGUGAUCCAGGAACUGAAGAACCAUCUGCACCAGGUGUUCAAGUUUUCGGAGAACAGCCUUCUCCGCACGAAGCAGGAGGCAGAGAAGCAGCAGAAGGUGGAUUACCGGGCCUCUCAGGCCAGGCAGGCCAAGACGCAGCAAGACAUCCUGGCGCUUCGCGCACAGUACCACAACCUGGUCAUGGAGAACCGGGAGGCGGAGCAGGCACUAAGGAAGGUCCUGAGUUCAAUUUCCAGCAACCACAUGGUGGCUCACAGCCAUCCAUAAUGGGAUCCGAUGUCCCCUUCAGGUAUGUCUGAAGACAGCAACAGUGUACUUACAUACAUGGAAUAAAUAAAAUAAAUCUUAAAAAAAACCCAUAAAAUACAAAUAUCCGUUUAAAAGCGGUCCACUCGAUGUCACUUCUGCAGUUUCCUGCAACCUGUCUAGCUCCAAACUACUUCAUCACCUCAAAACAUAGCACUGGGAUGGGGGACUUGGGGGGGCACAGCAAGAGAGCUCAGCCUGUAACAGGAGCCUGCUGUGGAGCUGGACUCUGAUCCCCCGACCCACGUGGUGGCAGGAAGAACCCAACUCCCGAAAGCUGUCUUCAGACCUCCUGGUGAUGCAUGUCCACUUUCCUCCCACACACACACAAUAAAUAAAUGUAACUAAAAUGUUUUAAUUUAAAAAUUAAUUAAUUAAUUAAUUAAUUAAUUAAUUAAUUCAGAGGCUCAGAAGAUGAUGUUGAUCCUCUGGAACUGGAGUUACCGAGAGUCGUGAGCUACCAUGUGGUUACUGGGAAUUGAACCUGGGUCCUCUGGAAGAGAAACUAGUGCUCUUAACUGCUGAGCCCUCUCUCCAGCCCCAAAUGUUUUUUUAAUUUAAUUUGUAAGUACUGGGGUUCGUGCUAGGCAAUGGUUUUGAGCCACAUCUCCAGCUGGGAUUUAACCCUUUAAAAAUUAUUAUUGUGUGUAGUAUGCAUGUGUGUUUGUGUGUAUAUGUAUGUACCUGCGUACAUACGUGUACCACAACACCAGUGUGGAGAUUGGAGAACAACUCUGUUAUCAGCUCCCUGCUGCCCCCUUGUGGCACCAGAGAAUUAAACUUAAGUCCUAAGUGCCUCUA